AUGGCCGCCCCUAAGGGCCUGCUCCGUGGGAAUUCCAUGGCAACGACGAGUCUGCUCACGUUCGCCAUCCUGGGAUUAGCCUGGUUUGUAGGAUUCGCCAGCCGUUUGUUUGCCAUCGUCCGCUUCGAGUCCAUCAUCCAUGAAUUUGAUCCAUGGUUCAACUACCGCGCCACCCACCAAAUGGUCGCCACGAAUUUCUACGACUUCUUGAACUGGUUCGAUGAGCGGGCUUGGUACCCGCUUGGGCGGAUUGUCGGAGGAACUGUGUAUCCUGGACUUAUGGUGACUUCCGGAGCUAUCCAUUGGGCUCUUGAGGCUAUCAACUUCCCGGUGCAUAUCAGGGAUAUUUGCGUCUUCCUGGCACCGACCUUCUCGGGACUGACGGCCAUUGCUACUUAUCUGUUGACAAAGGAGCUCUGGUCCGCUGGUGCUGGUUUGUUUGCCGCCGCCUUCAUCGCCAUUUCUCCUGGUUAUACAUCUCGCUCCGUGGCAGGCUCAUACGACAACGAAGGAAUUGCUAUCUUUGCUCUGCAGUUCACCUACUUCCUCUGGGUCAAGUCACUGAAGGAGGGCAGCGUACUUUGGGCGUCAUUCUGUGCCCUUUCGUACUUCUACAUGGUCUCUGCUUGGGGCGGUUACGUCUUCAUCAUCAACCUGAUCCCGCUGCACGCCUUGAUUCUGAUCAUUGUCGGCCGUUACUCUUCUCGGCUCUAUAUCUCUUACAAUGCCUUCUACAUUCUUGGCACGUUGCUUUCCAUGCAGAUCCCCUUCGUCGGUUUCCAGCCGGUUAGGACCUCUGAGCACAUGCCCGCUUUUGGAGUGUUUGGAUUGCUUCAGAUUGUUGGAGCGAUGCAAUACCUUCGCACCCGCCUGUCGCGCAGCCAGUUCAUGACCCUAUUUGUCGGAGGGUUGACUGUGACCGGAAUCCUUGGCACCGUUUUCUACUUUGCUCUUGUCGCCUUCGGAUAUGUUGCUCCGCUUUCGGGUCGAUUCUACUCGCUCUGGGACACCGGAUACGCCAAGAUCCACAUUCCGAUCAUCGCUUCCGUCUCUGAGCAUCAGCCAACAACCUGGGUCUCGUUCUUCUUCGAUCUCCACAUCACGGCCGCGAUUUUCCCCGUUGGACUCUGGUAUUGUGUGAAGAAUGUCAACGAUGAACGCAUUUUCAUCAUCAUCUACGCCUGCACUGCCGUCUAUUUCGCUGGUGUGAUGGUGCGUUUGAUGCUGACGUUGACCCCGGUGGUCUGCGUCCUCUCGGGCAUUGCUUUCUCCUACAUCUUCGAAAAGUACCUCAAGGAUGAUCCUUCAUCCAGCAACUCUAAAGACGGGGCGGAAAAGGCUACACUUUAUGACAAGCCAAAGGCGAAGAAGACUCUCACCGUCAACGAGCCCGCUUCUCAACAGGAGGAAUCCGUGGGCAUGAACACAAAGUCGAUCGUAUCUGUUGUUUUGAUGCUCCUCCUCUUGAUGUUUGUCGUCCAUUGCACAUACGUUACCUCCAAUGCCUACUCUCAUCCGUCCGUUGUGCUCCAAUCCAGCACCCAAUCUGGAGGACGUGUCAUCAUGGAUGAUUUCCGUGAAGCUUACCACUGGCUUCGCGAGAACACUGCUGAUGAUGCCCGUAUCAUGAGCUGGUGGGAUUAUGGUUACCAGAUCGCUGGUAUGGCGAAUCGUACCACGCUUGUCGACAACAACACCUGGAAUAACUCGCAUAUUGCCUUGGUAGGAAAGGCCAUGUCGUCGAACGAAUCUGCGGCCUACGAGAUCAUGAAGGAGCUGGAUGUUGACUACGUUCUGAUCAUCUUUGGAGGAAUGCUCGGCUACUCUGGUGACGACAUCAACAAGUUCUUGUGGAUGGUUCGCAUCGCUGAGGGUGAACAUCCGAAGGAGAUCAAGGAAUCGAACUAUUUCACCGAGGCCGGCGAGUAUUCGGUUGGGCCACAAGCUUCGGAAACGAUGCUGAACUGUCUGAUGUACAAGAUGAGCUACUACCGCUUUGGCGAGACACGACUCGGCUACCAGCAGGCCGGCGGCUUUGAUCGUACAAGGAACUAUGUGAUUGGCAAGAAGGACAUCACCUUGGAACAUAUUGAAGAGGCGUACACGACUGAGAAUUGGCUCGUCCGCAUCUACCGUGUGAAGAAACAAGAGAACCGCCCGACCAUCAAAUAUACCGAACGGCAACUGCGUUCGAAGAAGGCUCCCGCAAAGGGCUCAAACAAGAAGGGCACCUUCCGCACUGCUACCAAAGUC